GUCUUUUUUUCCCUCUUCUACUGAUAUACAUAUACACCAGUAAUGGGAAAAUCUCGACCAAGAUACAAUGAGAAGGCUCGAGCCUCUUCUCGAAAUGCAAAUCAAAAACCACACCCGCGAGCCAGAGACGGUGGACUUAGACUUCGACCGGAAGAAUUGCAACAGGAUUCCUCGUCCACAAAGCGAUCCUCGACAAAUACAGCACCAACUGACAAUAGCAAUGAUACAAACCAGCUAAUGAUCAUUCCUGGCGAAACUAAAGAAGAGCCUGAAGAAGGAAAGAAGAAGUCCUUGCCCCCACCAGCACCAUUCAUGUCCAAGAAAAAGAGAAAAAAAUUGGAAAAAUAUAUUGUAAGUUGAGCAAGGAUAGGUAUCCCCGUACAGUUUAAGAAGAUUAUUUUCUGACAAUCUAG